AAUCAAGUCAGAGUAAGGCUGUGGGCGGUCAGAGUGGCUGCGUAUGAAGUCAAGAGUGGCAUGUGCUCCAUUGAUUAGGUUGCCGUGUAGUUUAUACUGGCACAAUGGCAGGAAUGCAUGUACCGCUGGUCAUUUGUCUCAGUGCCAUUAUGCUUCACUCUGUGUCAGCUGGAGGUGUAUAUUGUGCUAAAACAGCAAGAGCCCGCGCAGCUGCCUUGGGUUUGGAUUAUCCAGGAGUUCACGGAGCCCCCAGUCUGCUUGGACCAGCUCAUCCUGGGAUAUUCCCCCACAGCAUGCUGUUAAGACCUCAGCUCUAUGAAAAUGAUAAUUACCCUGGAGGGUCUGAGACUGAGCUUGACAUGGCCUACCACAGCCAAAACCAGCCAAUGCUGAGAUUCCUAGGUCAUCGAACACAUGAACAGGCUUCCCCCAGAGGUCCUGAAUCCACACCGUUUUUACUGAACCAUGGUAGUCAAACUGAAUACUCCACCGACGAAUUGCUAAGCCCUCCCAGAGGACAGUCCGUUAUCAACCGCAAGCCCAAUUUUGAGCAGGUCAAGCAUGUCGCCCCCUCAACGAGGCCUGAAGCCCCAGGCCAACCUGACCUUGUGAAUAGGGAUCCUCAAGGUCACAAUGAGCCGUUCUCAUUUGUCUACAGUGAACAUGACCUUGUUGUUGACGAAUCCGUCCCCAUGCCACAUGACGUGUCUCUCAGUGGAUUCUCACAGCCUCAGAGCAGAGGUCACAGUGCCUACCAGAGGGGUCUUGGUCUAACUGGGUAUGGCCUAAAAAAGAGAGAAGGUCCUGUCUUGCGCUCGUCUCAUUUCACUCAGAAAGGUCAUGCCAGCACCAUGAGUAGCUUAGUCCCUGCUGGUGGUAGAAGGAAUAGGAAUCGGUUCCCUGGUCCUGUUGCCAAGUCUCUGCUCAGAGGCCUCGAUGUCAGGCUGUUUGUUCAGAGCAAACCUGUUCUUAGACGUCUGAAGACAAUACACCGUUUGGCUCAACGAGGAUAAGUCAGGCACUGCGUGAAAUAAAAAUGGUACGAUU